AUGUCCUCGUACGUCUUCACCCAGGAGCGGUUCAAAGAGGCCCUAAACUCCGUCUGCUCGGGUCGGGAGUACCGGUCACUCACUGGAAGUCCCUCGUUCGCCCAGUUUUUGAGUCCUCCAUUCAGAACCGAUACAGAACUGUGGCCGAACACUCGGAACAUCCACCAAACUCGGGGCGCAGAGAACGCGCCGAAAUUGCUCGCAUCGUAGACCACGACGUGCGUAUCGUUCCCAAUUCCCAAAUUUCCAACAUAAUCUGCAAAAAUGCGCUCCGAUGGCAGCAUAUGAUCUAGCGGAGAAGUUUUGUCGCAGCACUGGUCUAUGUCAAAGAAGGCUGCACCCGGGAUAUGCCUCUUUUUGAAUUCGCUCUUGGCGUUGCGCCUGAGUUUGGGUAAGUACCAAGACGUGUCCAAGACGCGGAGUUUGGGUCCGACCCGUUGGUCUUUGACGGCAUCGAGAAGCCACUUGGACGCGACGAUAGCCCUCGCUUGGAGCGCCAUGGUAGAACGUGUAAUUCCCGACGGUUUCAAAGGUGAUACAGGUAGAACGAGAUACAGUUUAUAUGGAGAGAGAGAGAGAGCUGUCCCGGGAGAAAUAACACGCCCCCAAUGCACAGCCUGUAGUUACAGCUGAAAGUGAAUGGGGGCGUUACCAUAUGGCCAGCAGACAUUCAUCAAAAUUCACAGCGAGGCAACUUUAUAUAAAUUGCCUACUCGGUAUUCCCGUCAUGUUUUUUAAUUUGUAAUCUUUUAUUUACAAAAACAUACAUAGACAAAAACAAUAGACAACUUAACAUUUACAUACAUUUCCACAAACAUUAAUGGCGUCACACUUGCUCAGACCCACAUGUUCCCACCGUAUCCACAACCAAUUCAAAUAGAAUCAGAUCAUGAACUUUCUAAAGCAUGUAUUUGUAUAAGGUCUAAAUAAUAAUAAGGCUAAAUAACUUCAUAAGCAUUACCUUAUUUGUUUUCUAUGACAUGUCAUAAUUUUUGCAAAAGUGAAAGGUAUUUUGACAACAAUCCGGAACUAUUUUGUGAUGUGCACCUUGAAAAUAGUUUUCACCCGAGUAGUUAUCCCCAAACACUCUUCGCCGGAUGUUGAACUCACAUGUUAUUUUUUACAGAAGCAAGAUACUUUUGCUAGAUUUGCUGGAGAAAUCCUAACGUUUGUUCACAUGUUUGUUAUUUAAAAAGUAAAGUGCAUAUCAACAUGUCGGCAUCAAUGAUUCGGAAGGGACUGGAGUUGCUAAGCGAUGACAUAAAAGGUAAAUGAUCUACAGUAACCAACGUUUCAUUAGCUAGCUGGGUCAUUCCUAUUUUGCCGUGCCUUUUCCGUCCCUAGGAAAUAUCAGUUCUUAUUUAGUGUAAAAUGUGCAUUCCUAAAGGCUUUAAGUAUAAGGUCGGGUACCUUUACCAUAAAAACACACAAAUAUGGAUUCUGAAAGGGAAUUUUAUGCAUUUUAAACACUUUUUGUCAGUAGAUGUAGGCGUUUUUGUCCCCAGGUGUUAUUUAUCAACUUCCACAAGAAAUAUAAGCCUAAAAUCUUUAAAAUCUUUCAUCAAUAACGUUUUUUCAUGAUUAUUAUAUUUGUUAUUAUAGAUUUUCUGUGUUUCCCUUAUAUCACUUUCCACCCUUUUUAGUUUGUUGUAAUUCUCCGUUUAAGAAAACAACCCCUUCCUACAAUGACACCACAUUCAGGAAGUGUCAUAAUUUAUUUGAUGGGAAAACUAUGGUGCAAAGCUAAAUAAAUACAAACACUCAGUUUUAUCUAUUUGUCCAUGUUUCAUGUUGUUAGUCUGUAUGUCCAACUCAUAAAUAUCCACCCUCUUAGGCGAAAUAUAAAAUCAGAAUGUUAAAAUAUGUUUGAUAGAGAAGUUAAAAUCCUGUUUCAGGUGUUCAGCAUUAUGCUAGCUCAAUCUUGCUCAUUCACAGAGCUAUGGCUAAUUUAGGAUCAACAUUUCAACCCUGUUAGGAUUAUGCACCUAACAAAUUGGAAAAUGCACCAAAAAAUGUUCAAGUACUAUAAAAAAAAUAGGUUUGUGGUCCAAAUGGCACCGCAUUGUAGGAAUGACCGAGCUAGCUAUGUUAGCUUCAAUGCAACCAAGAAAGUGUAGAGUCCAGCACAACGUAAAAACUCUCUUAGCUGCAUCGAAGCUAUAGCUAUGUAUAAAACACCACUGGCGCAGGUUGAGAGCAGUUUAUGACAAUUCAAUUGGCAUUCCAGACAUAGAUCUUUAGUCCUAUUUAUUGCAGAUGAAAGACAUACAGAUACUUUGCAUAAUAUAAAUACCGUAAUGUUACAACGUGAAAAAAAGGUGCAUUUCAUACGUGUUGUAGUGAGACCGGUCUCACUAGAACGCCUAUGGAAUGCACCUUUCUUCAAAUAAAAUUGUAUUUGUCACAUGCGCCGAAUACAACAGGUGUCGACUUUACCGUGAAAUGCUUACUUAUGAGCCCUUACCCAACAAUGCAGAGUUAAAAAGUAAAAAAAAAAAAAUAAACAUUUGCUAAAAGGAAAAUAGUAGCUAACACAAUGGAAUAACAAUAACAAGGCUAUAUACUGUUCAGGAGACUUUUGGUCCCAGACUUGGCACUCCGGUACCGCUUGCUGUGCAGUAGCAGAGAGGACAGUCUAUUAUUUGGGUGGCUGGAGUCUUUGACAAUUGAGGGCCUUCCUCUGACACCGCCUGGUAUAGAGGUCCUGGAAGGCAGGGAUCUCGGCCCUAGUGAUGUAUUGGGCUGUAUGCACUAUCCUCUGUAGCGCCUUGCGGUCGGAUGCUGAGCACUUGCCAUACCAAGCGUUGAUGCAGCCAGUCAAUAUGCUCUCAAUGGUGCAGCUGUAGAACUUUGAGGAUCUGAGGGCCCAUGCCAAAUCUUUUCAGCCUCCUGAGGGGGAAGAUGCGUUGUCGUGCCCUCUUCACGACUGUGUUGGUGUGUUUAGAACAUGAUAGGGUUAGGGUUCACAUUGUAACGUUACGGUAUUUAUUCUAUGCAAAGUAGUGUCAUCUGUGCUAACACUUCCUGGUCACCACAGUGUGCCUAUUUACACGUGACCAGUGACCUAUUACCCCAUGUGAAACAUCCCUAGACAGACCACAUACACAACACACAUGAGCACAUAAUAUAAGCAGUCCAAAAUGUCUCCUACACAAAUGUCUCUCUUCUCCCUCUUUCUCCCUCCCUCCUUCCGCGGUGUCAGAUGGUAGCAAGAAGCAGAAGAGCGCAGCCAAGAAGAAGCACACCCCGAGCAAGGCUGAGGUGAUGGGUCUGGUGAGCUCUAACCGUCAGGGCGUCAGCAGGCAGGUCCGGCGGCUGCAGGGGCGUCUCGGUCCGGGGAAGAGCAAGGCCACCGUCAAAGACAAGAGGAUCAAGUCUGCCGUGGGUGAGUGGCUCGACACGUUCAGAGGCACAACAUUCUGUGCACUGUGCAGAAAAACAAACGCAAUAAUUAAUGUAGGGAUGGUCUGGUACAUAUAAAUACAGUCUAUUCAUUCUAUCGCUAUGGUCUCUGUUCAUUCUAUUUCUAUGUUCUGGUGGCUGUCAUGCAACUAGCUAGAAUGUUUGGUUUUUCUUGGGUUGAGGAUCAUGUUUUUCUCUUAGCUAUUUGUUGACUUCAGGGGUAGUCCAGAGGUAUUCAACUCUUACCCUAUGAGGUCCGGAGCCUGCUGGUUUUCUGUUCUACCUGAUAAUGAAUUAUACCCACCUGGUGUCCCAGGUCCCAAAAAAUUUGCAAAUGUUAUUGAACUAAUUUUUUUCUGUUUUAUUUCAUUAUUAUUUUUUUUACAACAAACAAAAACAUACAUAGACAAAAACAAUAAACAACUUAACAUUUACAUACAUUUCCACAAACAUGAAUGAAAUCACACUUGCUCAGACCCACAUGUUCCCAUCGUAUCCACACCCAAUGUUGUUUCUAAUACUUGUAAGACUCUACCCCAUAUGACUUCAAAUUGUGUUAUGAUGUCCCAGGUCUCUAAAUCAGUCCCUGAUUAGAGGGGAACAAUGAAAAAAUGCAGUGGAACUGGCGUGGAGGUACAGAGUUGCGUUUGAGGGAUCUAGUCUGUCUGUGAAACUGGUGUCAGUGUACCAGCAUCCUGGUCUAGUCCAGGGUUCAGCAACUAGAUUCAGCCACGGGCCAAUUUCUUUUCUUGAGCGGAUGGUCAGGGGGCCGGAACAUAAUUACAAAUAAUUUGUAAUUAUGACCGCAAGAAGCCCAAACAGAUAUAAUAUUUGACUAAAACAUAAUCAUUUCAAACCUUGCUUACAUUUUGUAUACGAUCACAAACAGUAUCUCUCUAUUAUAUGUGGGAAUACUUUGGAACUUGAAAAUUAAAAUCAGUUCGAGCUGAUUUGCUGGUGUUUUUACAGUCUGAUGUCCAAUAAUAAAUGAAACACUAAUCAAAUCAAUAGAGUCCCACGAGCCGGCCAGUUGAACCCUGGUCUAGUCUGUCUGUAAACCUGGUGUCAGUGUGUCAGCCUCAUGGGCCGACUCCUUACCAUCCUCUUUUGUCUCCAUCUUGUGUUUCAAUAGAUUAUGGAUAGUCAGUCUGUGCGAACUCCUCAUAGGGUCAUAUCAUUUAGUGUCUGUCUCAUGGACUUCGUCUUGACCUCUGAACUGUGAUGUCAUGUCUUUGUGUUUCCAGAGGAGUUCAGGAAGAAGCAGGGGAAGAGCCAUCUGAGCUCCAACCUGCUGUACUUCCUGGGGACGGGCUUCAGAGCUACAGACUCCGACACUAUGAAGGUAAGAGACAGUCUGACAGUUCAAAUGUCAUGCCCUCUAACUACUACUCCUACUACUAGUAUGGAGGAUAGUUGGUUGGGGUCUUUGGCUCCCGUCAUGACUUUUGAUUGAUUUGGUAAAAUAACUGCAGAUACAUCUGGGUCGUGUUCAUUAGGGCACAGAACGGAAAAAUGUUUUAACAUUUUGCAACGGAAAGCAAAUUUGGAUAGAUCCAGGUAGUCUCUUCCUGUUUCAGUCCAUUUUUCUUCUGUUAAGUGCUUAAUGAACGUGACCCUCUUAUGGGUGAAUCCCGUAGUCUAACGGAUGAUGAUGAUGAUGAUGAAGACUAAUGCCUCCCUCUUAUUCCCCUUCAGAUCGUCAACCAGAAUUCAGGCCGGCAGUCUCGCCACCGUCCGGACCGCACGGUCAAGAAAGCCCCAGAGGAGAAGUCUGUGUUCACAGAGGAUGAGUUCCAACAGUUCCAGAAGGAAUACUUUGGCAGAACUGUGGAGGAGGGGAACUAGACAGAUUCUAGUUCCCAGAGACUUAAGGCUGCGGUCCGAUUCCAGAGGUGUGCACUUCACACUCACUGUGGGAUUGCUAUCAGCAUUGGCUGGAGGGAGUUUCCAGUUUUCACCAUUGUUAAAGGCCCAAUGCAGCCGUAUUUAUCUCAAAAUCAACUAAUUUCUGGGUAACAAUUACGUAUCUUACUGUGAUUGUGUUUAAUUAACAUGAUCAAAACGAAACAAAAUAGCUUCUUAGCAAAGAGCAAUUUCU